GAAAGCAAGAGCAAGAGCCCCCGGUUGGUUGGCCCAUAAAACGUAAAACCCUCGUUAUACGAGACUCUCUAUUAGAACAAAGGGAGGAAGGGUAGAGAGGAGAGCGUCUGCAUUUGAAUUGAAAUCACACAAGAACAAAAACCAAAUCAAAAAGAAAAAUGGUGAACAAAGCAUGGAGAAUAAUCCCAAGACCACUACUUGAAACCGUGUUAAACAACCACGCCCAGCACCAUCGUGUUCCUCAGCCACUGAUCCUCCAUGGUCCUCGUGGUGUUGGCAAAACCACUCUCAUCCUUGAACGUCUACUCGGCGAGUGGAACAAAGGUCCUCACCUCACUGGCUAUAUAGACUUUGCUGAAUCCAUCGAAGACCACCAUCCACAAUUCAACAAGUCAUUUCCAUGGGCCUCAUGGUCGAAUUGUCCACCACCCACUUUGUCAAGCUGCCGAACCAAGCUCGAACACACCCUUGAAUCAAUGGUUGAAAAGGGUGUCAAGCUUGGCACCAUUAGCUCCCACCAAAUAUUCACCACACUCAGCAAAUGGCACGGCCUUAACACCGCCCUUCGCCGUGUAAUUCAGAGUAACAAUGCUGCUUCUAAGUCUGCGGUUGUUGAUAAGGCCUCCCCUUCGGUUUUGUGGGAUCGGGCAGUUUUCGCGCUAUCUGCUCGAUGUAAUGCCCAAGAGAUUGAUGGGGUAUUGGGUUUGAGUGAGAAAUGGAAGGGCUUGUCUAUACAGGAGGCUUCAUAUUUUAGAGAGGCGUUUCUGGCACUGAGAUUGGCGAAGGAGGUGAUUACAGUCCAACAUGGGUGGAGGGCUAAGGCUAUUGCUCAUUUGAAUCGGACUGGUGGGUUUUCGAGGUCUUUAGCACAUUCGUGUACUGAUUGGCCGUGUUUGUUGCUCGAGUUGUUGUCACAAGCUGCUGAAAUUGAUCAUUUUCAGCCCAAGCUGGUUAUUAACAAUAUCGAUGUUCUACGCAAUGCUACUCUAAAUGAUGAUUCGUCGGUCUCUGCAUCAAUGUAUCAUGACAGUCUGAUAUGGAGAAUGAUUGCUUUGGGUGCGAAUGAGCGGUGCCUGCCCAUCAUACUUGUUACAUCAGAUAGCUACUAUUCAUACCAAGCCUACCUGGAUUUUGGAUUUACAGACAUAUUCAUCUCUCGCGAGAUGUUUGGAUGGACUCCCCAAGGAGCUAAAAUGCAUAUGGUUACUGAUUAUUUUAGUCCUUCAGAGUGGACAGUGAUUGCUGAGGUGCUCGGACCAAUCCCUCGACAUCUAUUUGAGCUUUAUGCUCUUAAACAAAGUGAUUAUUAUCAGAAGGUGAUGGGUGACAAGGGUAGUACUUUUGAGGACAUUGUAGAUGCAUAUUUAGCAUAUUUGCAGAUUACUGUGGUGAAUCCUGCUAUGGAUAAUGCAUUGGAACUCCUGAAAAAGUUUGCUGUUGAUGCAUGGAAUGGAAAGAUUUCAAAAGAUAAAUUACGUUUUGGCGCACCUUGGAGGCAUCCUCCCAAGACAGAUGACCCCACCCAGUGCAUGGAGUGGGCAAAGCUUCAACUGAUGGAUUUUGUUCAGUGUCUGGUCAAUACAGAAUUUGGGGUUAAUUAUCUAGCUGACUGUAGUCUUGAGAUCUUUGAUGAUCCCUCUGCUGUUGCAUUGGUAGAGGUUGGUUUGCUCUAUGCCCAACGUGAUCCAUCCUUUAUUCGGCCCAUAUCUAGAGGGAUUCAGAGGUGUCUUGUGAGAUGGCUUGUCCAGCAGCGGAUGCAAAUGAAUUUCCAAAAUUUGCUUCAGUAUCUGUGGCAGCGAAUAAUACGUGGACGUAGCUAUCGUCAUUUGAUGCUAGAAGCAGGCUAUAAAUAGAGAUUUGGAGUUUCCUUUGGCAAAGAUAUGUUCAGCUAGUGAGGCAGGUACCUUUUUCAGAUUCACAUUAAAAUUUUUUAUACCAUGCAGGCACUGGCAAAUCUGCCAUGGCUGAUUUCUAGCAAUUUUGAUAUACUGGUGCUCGAAGACAAAGUCUUGUCUUUACAAUAGAUUGAUGAAGACAUAAAACUCUUAAGACUCAUCAACCAAUUUACAAUUGGCUUUCAGAGAUGACCAAGUUUUUAAUAAGGUGAGUCUAGUUGUCACUCUUCCUUUAAAUUGAUCAAGGACCACAAGAAAGAGUUCACUUGAAUGUAUGUAUGACUUGUGUAUACAUCCUGAGCGUAUAUAUUUAUUUCGGUCUCGGUGGGGACUCAGUUUCAAAAUUUUGAAUGUAACAAGUUUUUCCUUGUGAAUUGUGAGCCAUCAUAGCAGGAUUGUUGUUUAAUUCAUGACUAGACUAGUUUUCCAGACCCAACAAACGCUACUUGUCUAUGUUAGUUGCACAAGCCUUGUAUUUGUCUCCUUAUUUCAUUGCAUGUUAUAGCUACCAUUUGUCAAAUUAUGAGAUUUAUGCUGAUACUCUUGCUUUGGCUUC